CAUGCAACAAAUCCGGAGAAACGAGUAAGAAAAGGGACAGGUGUGGUUCAUCCCCAAGUCUCCUUCGUAAUCCCAUCUCCUUAACUCUUAAGUUAAAUGCACGAGCUGCUCCACGUCUCCUUCUUUUAAAUCUUUAUAUACACCAUAAAUCAAAGAACUGAUGAAUACUGAUACUUGCUUGUGUCAAAUCCAAGCGAUGAAUAGUCUGCCAGAGGACUGCAUCGCCAAGAUCCUUUCCUUAACAACGCCUGCCGACGUUUGCCGAUCAUCGGCGGUCUCCAGGAUCUUUAAAUCCGCCGCCUACUCCGACAAUGUCUGGAAUCAUUUCUUACCGACUCAUUUCCCCGCCGGCUUUACGGCACCGACAGAUCUUACCACCAGGAAACAACUCUUCUUCUCCCUCGCCCAUAACCCUCUUCUUCUCAACGACUCCCAUUUGCAGAGCUUUUGGCUGGAGAGAAAGAGUGGUAACAAGUGCUACAUGAUGGCAGCGAGGUCCUUGAGCAUUGCUUGGGGGGAUGACCAAAGAUACUGGCACUGGAUCACUCUACCUGAUACCAGAUUCGGACAAGUGGCAGAGCUGAUCAUGGUGUGGUGGCUUGAGAUCACUGGAAAGAUUAACAUAAGCCUUCUCUCCGAUGACACCCUCUACGCCGCUUACCUUAUCUUUAAGUGGAACGAUAGUCCAUACGGUUUUCGCCGGCUUGUAGAGGCCUCCCUUGUCUUGAUUGACACCGAGAUGACUGAUGAUGUUCAGCCUUCCCUGGUGAGUCUCAUGCAAAUUCCAGGCACUGAAGAAGAAGCUCCGUGCGCUGUUAUGAGAAGAGACGGUUGGUACGAGGUGGAGUUGGGACACUUGUUCGAAAGGAGAGGAGAUAUGGGUGAAAUAGAGAUGAGCCUCAAGGAGACAAAGGGUCCUUUCGAUAAGAAAGGCCUUAUUCUCUAUGGGAUCGAGAUUAGGCCUAUGCCCUAGCUACUUCUAAACUACCUUUGCAGUUUCUCGUGUGCAAUCUUGUGUUGUCUUCUUCUUCUCCUUUUCUUGAUGCAGAAAAAUAAAGUUUGUUCUAAAAAGUAUUUCUAUAUGAGCUGGUGUUUUCGAUUCUACUGACUAUGACAAUUCAUUUAUGUUUGAAUUUUGUUUUUUGUUUUUUUUUA